GUUAUGAGUGAGCGGUUUAGGGCGACACGCCGCCUAAAGUUCGAGCUACUAAACUCGUGUGAGCAGGAACGACAGAUCUUCCGUAUUUAAUAAUGUCGGACAGCACUCUAAGUUUUCACGAAAGCUCUUAUGAUAUCAGUCCGUGUGACUCGACACAGACUAGUUCAAUUGCAGAUCAGCUAAGAGCAGUAAAGGACGGAGAAAUCUGUGUGGUAGACUAUAGGAAUUGCAGCGUCCUGCAAUGCAUGACAUGCAACACAGUGCUUGGAGAUUCGCUCGGCAUCUGUGGGGAAGUCCAGAGCCUUCAGAAUAUUAUUUGUCUGAAAGUUACUGAGGAUGUGAGGGUGAAUAAAAAGCUGGAGAUGAGUUUGACUGGUCAUCUGGCUUUCUCCACCUACCAAGUCCUUAACUGUGCUGGUUGCCAAGGUGCUGUUGGCCUGGUUCUUCACUCAACCCCAGGACACCUGUCUGCUUUAAGAAAUCUCUUCUGUUUACAAAAAGAUCUGAUAAACUGCUACAUGCUAAGAAGUGGCAAAUGUGUCAAAGCCUCCACAGUCAACUUCAAAUACAGACUCAUGGACAAAGAUAUUAAAGAGCUGAAGCAGGAUUUAGAAGCUCAGCUGAAGCAGGUGAAGAUUCUGGAGGGAAUGAUGAAAACAUUGUGCACACACAGUGUAAGCUAAAGAAAGGCCAGGCACGGAAUAUGUACAGUUGUUUUGUUGUAACUGUUCAAAUAAAGUAUAUAUAUAUUUUU